CGCUGGCGCACGGAGCCCUGUGCUGGUAAAGCCAAGCUGCCACGAUCACUUUGUUCGCUGCCUUCACGGGGAGGGUUUAAAGGGUUUUGUGGCGAGUUUAAAGCAGGUUUCACUGUGCUGGCACAAAGCAGGGACGGAUCAAGUAACUGCAGCAUAAAGUGUCGGCUUUCAAAACUCCUCAGUGUUCCUAGGGAGCCACGGCCCUGAGAGAAGAGCUGCAGGGAGCAGCCUGUCCCUCCUGCACCCUCCCAGCAUGGCUUCACCCAUGAGGAGUUUGCUGGCAGAUCUUGACAGAUAUGUCCAGUCAUUCCGUGUCUUCCUGGAGAAGUCCACUGAGCACCAGAGCAUGCAGGAGUUCGUGGAGAGGCACCUGCCGGACGUCAUAGCCAGUAUCGGAAAUGGGAAGUCUACAAUCAAUGUUCUAAGUGUUGGUGGUGGGGCAGGUGAGAUGGACUUGCAGAUCCUCUCAAAAAUACGAGCCAGAUAUCCUGGGGUCACUAUCAACAACGAUGUGAUAGAGCCAAGUGCUGACCAAAUCUCCAAGUACAAAGAGCGUGUGGCUCAGGCAUCAAACCUCGAGAACAUAAAGUUUACCUGGCACAAGGAGACAGCUAAUGAAUAUGAAAGUCGAAUGAAUGCAGAAAAGAAGACUAAAAAAUGGGACUUCAUUCACAUGAUCCAGAUGCUCUACUAUGUGAAAGAUAUCCCAGCAACUCUCCGGUAUUUCCACAGCCUCCUGGAAUCACAGGCGAAGCUCCUCAUCAUCCUGGUGUCAGGAAAGAGUGGCUGGGAAACUCUGUGGAAGAAGUAUGGGCCUUCCUUCCCUUUGGAGGAUCUUUGCUCCUAUGUUUCCUCUGGUGAUUUGCCAAGGAUGCUGGAUUCAGCUGGGCUGAAGUACCAGCUCUACGAGCUCCCAUCCCACAUGGACAUAACGAGCUGCUUUACUGAAGGGGACAAAGAUGGGGAGCUCUUGCUGGAUUUCCUGACAGAAACGCUUGACUUUGCUAAAACUGCCCCUCCUGAACUAAAGCGUCAGGUAAUGGAGGAGUUAAGAAAGCCUGGGUGCAGUGAAAUCAGAGAUGGGAAGGUGUUUUUCAAUAACAGCCUGGGUGUAAUAGUGAUUGAGCCAUGAGUUAACCUCUUCUUCUUGAUCCAAAGCAAAGAGAUACAAACUGUUAACAGCUGAAAUGUAUUUUUUUAUCUUUUAUAAAUGGUUUCAUUUACUUCAGCACUGAUAAUAACUUUUGGAGCCUGUUAAGAAAUCGGUAUUGACAUCUGUUGUUUUAAGUGAACUUUAAUACUUGAUUAAUUCUACACUAAUCUGUGACUGUGCAACUGACUAGGCAGUAAAUUGUGCUUUAUCAUACAGAUGUUGUGUAAUCAGCUGUAACUCAGACCAUCCACCCAGGCACUGCAGAAACCUAAUAAUUUCAUAAGGAAUGAUCCAGAACUACAUGUGGUUCCACCAUCUUAUUUUAAAAACCCUCUACAGACUAAACAAGCAAAUUGCAAUUUCUUGGUGCAGCUGGCAGGAGUGCAGGCUCAGGAUGACCAACCAUUGGGUGGAUCUUUGAUGGGAUUCCUUGAGCUCGUGACUUCCAGCUCUCAUACCUGCAGCUACUGAAGGUGGAUUCACACCUGCAUGUCCAGUGGCUGCCUGCUCCUGCCUCUGCAGGCAUCUCCAUUUAAUAGCACUGCUUCCCCUGUCUGGAUUUUUACUUUAUGAUGUAUCUGCAGAACAAAUUGUGUGGCACUAGAGGAGGGAAGCAAGGGAAGAUGGUUGAGGCACAGGGUUGGUAACAGCUGUCCUGGAGAGGUGGAUUUCAGUGGUGAGCCCUGAUGCAGAGUCUUUGUUAGGAAUCAGCUGCUGCGGUUGCACAGAGCUUUUUUUUGUGUUUUUAAUUAGCCACACAAUGCUUCUGGUCCCAGCCUUCCCCUGGCCCGUGAGCUCUGUAAUAAGGAAAAUGUGAAAAUAAACUCUGAUACCAAAAUGA